ACCAACUGUUAUCGAAAUACAUGCCUGGGUAGACAAAGUACGCGAACGGCUGUCACACCGGUCAGUCGUUUCACUCGGAAUUGACGUCAGCGCAAAACGGGUCGAAUUCUAUUUUAAACCCACAUUUUCAGAAAAUGUAAGUGUGCAUUUGAUGUAAAUCUUAUAAACGUACUCGAUCAAUAUGACUUGCGCAUUGCAUAACAGAUAGCAACACAGAUGGCUAGCGUCGGAUAUGAGGACAGCGUAGAUUUGUUUACGGAUAUAAACGAAGCUGUUGACAAAAUCCAGCCUCAACCAGAACAUGUUGGUGCUUACCAAAACCAAUGGCAAAAACCAAUCACCGACUACGGGGAUGUUGAUUCCACAUGGAAGCGACAAAUGGAAAGUUCCAAGUUUGUUGGAGACAUCGAUUUUAAAAAGGCCGACUGGGCGGAGUCUAGACAAGCGGUUGACGCAAUUAUGGACCUCCUUCUGAAGCAGCUACGGGAGCAAGCGAAGAAGUACGAGGGCCUCCGAAUCGAUUCUUACAUCCGUCAAGGAAGCGCAAGAGAAGGCCUGAAGGUUCUAGACGCUAACGAGUUCGAUACGUUGCUGUAAUUUCAUAUAGAAAGUCUUAAGGGCCACAUUGAUCAUUCAGCAAUAACCAACGUCUGCGGAAAAACGAUUCCAGGAUUUUGCAACUUACGUAUCUACGGAAUAAUCAUGGAAAGAUUAGAGAAAAUAUGUCCAAGACUGUUUAAGGAAGGCGUGUUUGCGCAACAUAAUGGCGAAGUGUAUCUGAGCUCAAAAGUUUCACAUGAAAAGAUAUUCGAGUCUAUGGUCAAUACGGCAAGACAUGUGAUAACAACAACGCUGCUAAGUGAUAACAGGGCCCUGAAAAAGGCGCCAAGCUUCCGAUUGUGCAGAAAUAUGAAUCCACCAGCAAUAAACGUCACGAUUAAACUCUGGUACAACGAUAGUUUCAAGAAGAAAAUCGAUGUCGAUUUGGUGCCAGCUUUUCUACUUCGGUAUGACGAGAAGACAACAUAUGAAGGUCAUCAAAUGCAUAGCCCGAUCCAUGCAGUCUGCAAGUGGGUAGAGAAAGUAGAUUGCGACGAAAAACUCGCGUGGGACGUUAAAACUACGGGCUAUUAGAAGCACAUCCUAGAUAUCGCAAGACAGAGUACCGAUGGUCGGAAACUUUACAUCACGACAGCUUUGCGAAUAGUGAAGACAUACUUCGUAAAGAAGGCAAAGCAUGCGAAAGAACAAAACAGCACACCACCACAAAUCGUGACUGUCUUAAAGUCGUACCACCUGAAGCAAAUUGCCUUUUACCUUCUCUACUAUCUGUGCCACAAAUGUCCAAGUUUCCCUUUGCCUUGUGCCCAAACCGCGCUCGGUUAUUUUGUUGACUUGUUGCAUGUAUGUCUAAGUUCGAAAAGUUUGCCCCAUUUUUUCUACGGUGGUACCAAUGUGUGUACAAUGUUGCCAGGAUUUCCCCAGAAUUAUGGAUUUCAGCUGCGAUACAAUAUGUUUCAGAAGAUCAAUGACGAGUCUUUAGCAAGAGCAGUCCAGUCUUUCAAGGAAGACAUGAUUCCAGAUUUGGGAUUUUCUUUCGGUGGUGUAGAUCGAUAUAGAGCGCAAGUGCGCGAUAUAUUUGAAAGCCCGGCAGUCAGUCAUGCAAUUUAGUUUAAGAACGAACAGUUGCAAAUCGAAAACUGUAUUUAACCGUUAGAUUUUUCACGUUUGUCCAUAAUAUUGUGUAUGUGUGUUCAGUGCGCUUCUGACCCCCCCCCCGUAGUCCGGAAAAUGCCUGGCUAUAGGAACAUAAUGGUAAGUAAAAUUGUCUAUCAACUGUGUAACCCGUUUCAUGAUUGUAUGUUUCCUUUAAUUCUGUAUUUGUGUUUCUUGUAUUAUGUUUAUAUAUGUAUAUACCAUUUUCAUAAUCGGAACAUUUUCGGUAUUUUUGUUUAUGUGUUUAUAUAAUGUUAAUGUAAAAAAUCAACACGCUUAUGGGCAUGUGUUUCAAUAUUUGUUUGCUGAAUAUAAAAUUCUUAGCACAGAUAA